AUGUGGAACCUGGACCUUUGCGAGCUCAGCAAAGUUUGGAGUCCCCGCCCAGGGGCCAAAGGCACUUUUCGGGAGCAUGCCUACGUCUUGUCGCGCCCAGGACGCCCGCGCGGCCCCCUCCCAGCGCAGCCCCUUCCUCAGACGCCCGCGCGGCCCCCUCCCAGCGCAGCCCCUUCCUCAGACGCCCGCGCGGCCCCCUCCCAGCGCAGCCCCUUCCUCAGACGCCCGCGCGGCCCCCUCCCAGCGCAGCCCCUUCCUCAGACGCCCGCGCGGCCCCCUCCCAGCGCAGCCCCUUCCUCAGACGCCCGCGCGGCCCCCUCCCAGCGCAGCCCCUUCCUCAGACGCCCGCGCGGCCCCCUCCCAGCGCAGCCCCUUCCUCAGACGCCCGCGCGGCCCCCUCCCAGCGCAGCCCCUUCCUCAGACGCCCGCGCGGCCCCCUCCCAGCGCAGCCCCUUCCUCAGACGCCCGCGCGGCCCCCUCCCAGCGCAGCCCCUUCCUCAGACGCCCGCGCGGCCCCCUCCCAGCGCAGCCCCUUCCUCAGACGCCCGCGCGGCCCCCUCCCAGCGCAGCCCCUUCCUCAGACGCCCGCGCGGCCCCCUCCCAGCGCAGCCCCUUCCUCAGACGCCCGCGCGGCCCCCUCCCAGCGCAGCCCCUUCCUCAGACGCCCGCGCGGCCCCCUCCCAGCGCAGCCCCUUCCUCAGACGCCCGCGCGGCCCCCUCCCAGCGCAGCCCCUUCCUCAGACGCCCGCGCGGCCCCCUCCCACCGCAGCCCCUUCCUCAGACGCCCGCGCGGCCCCCUCCCACCGCAGCCCCUUCCUCAGACGCCCGCGCGGCCCCCUCCCACCGCAGCCCCUUCCUCAGACGCCCGCGCGGCCCCCUCCCAGCGCAGCCCCUUCCUCAGACGCCCGCGCGGCCCCCUCCCAGCGCAGCCCCUUCCUCAGACGCCCGCGCGGCCCCCUCCCAGCGCAGCCCCUUCCUCAGACGCCCGCGCGGCCCCCUCCCAGCGCAGCCCCUUCCUCAGACGCCCGCGCGGCCCCCUCCCAGCGCAGCCCCUUCCUCAGACGCCCGCGCGGCCCCCUCCCAGCGCAGCCCCUUCCUCAGACGCCCGCGCGGCCCCCUCCCACCGCAGCCCCUUCCUCAGACGCCCGCGCGGCCCCCUCCCACCGCAGCCCCUUCCUCAGACGCCCGCGCGGCCCCCUCCCAGCGCAGCCCCUUCCUCAGACGCCCGCGCGGCCCCCUCCCAGCGCAGCCCCUUCCUCAGACGCCCGCGCGGCCCCCUCCCAGCGCAGCCCCUUCCUCAGACGCCCGCGCGGCCCCCUCCCAGCGCAGCCCCUUCCUCAGACGCCCGCGCGGCCCCCUCCCAGCGCAGCCCCUUCCUCAGACGCCCGCGCGGCCCCCUCCCAGCGCAGCCCCUUCCUCAGACGCCCGCGCGGCCCCCUCCCAGCGCAGCCCCUUCCUCAGACGCCCGCGCGGCCCCCUCCCACCGCAGCCCCUUCCUCAGACGCCCGCGCGGCCCCCUCCCAGCGCAGCCCCUUCCUCAGACGCCCGCGCGGCCCCCUCCCAGCGCAGCCCCUUCCUCAGACGCCCGCGCGGCCCCCUCCCAGCGCAGCCCCUUCCUCAGACGCCCGCGCGGCCCCCUCCCAGCGCAGCCCCUUCCUCAGACGCCCGCGCGGCCCCCUCCCAGCGCAGCCCCUUCCUCAGACGCCCGCGCGGCCCCCUCCCAGCGCAGCCCCUUCCUCAGACGCCCGCGCGGCCCCCUCCCAGCGCAGCCCCUUCCUCAGACGCCCGCGCGGCCCCCUCCCACCGCAGCCCCUUCCUCAGACGCCCGCGCGGCCCCCUCCCACCGCAGCCCCUUCCUCAGACGCCCGCGCGGCCCCCUCCCAGCGCAGCCCCUUCCUCAGACGCCCGCGCGGCCCCCUCCCACCGCAGCCCCUUCCUCAGAUGCCCGCGUGGCUCCCUUUCACCGCCUUUACGGGAGUGUGA